UCGGGUGUGGAAAAGUGGAAAUUGAAAACGCCAAGCUCUUCCCAUGCCAGUUCUGUUCGAACGACGCCAUCUCGGAUGUGCGAGCACCGCUACAGACCCAGUUCUAGUCUGGCACUCUAGCCACAUAAUAUCAGUGACGGUCAACUGGAAUCGCUGGUCCACAAAUAAAAAACAUGAAAUCAUCGAUUGUGCGUCGUUUCCGUCAGUACUAGACAAUCCUCAGCCACCGAUGGCAGCACCCCGUGGCUCUUAACGCCGAUUCGUCCUUUUAUUUGUGUUUACGGUGUGUGGCCGGUGAUUCGAGAUAGUGCCAAACUCAAAUAAAAAUAUUUACCCAGAAACACGGAUUUACAUAGAAUACAGAAUUAUUAGUCGUGGACGAUUCAGUGAAGUGCCAAGUGCUGGAUUCCGGUCACGAGAUGGGAAAAGUGAAAAAGGACUCGGCAGGGACAUCGACGGCGACGACGACCAGUCAAAACAACGACGGCAUCCUGUAUACAAGGAACCUUCUGCUCCGCGCAGUGGCUGGCAUUUACUUAUGCGCAUUCCUGACGUUUUACUAUCAGAGCCCAGGUUUAUUUGGAAGAAAUGGAAUUCUACCGGCACAAAAUCUCUACAAUUUAGGAAAAGGCAAUAUUCCAUCUAUAAGGAAUCCAACUCUUGUGCAAUAUCACUCACUCCUAGGACUUGACAUCCAAUACAUGCUGGAGUUUCUAUCACUAUUCGGUGCAAUUAUUUCAUUUAUUGUGUUCACAACUACUAGACUAUGUGUGAUGCCCCUUUUCGCUAUACUCUGGGCAACUUACUACUCUCUAGUAGAACAUACACAAAUAUUUGAGCAUCAAUCUGACAACCUCUUGCUGGAAGCUGGAUUCGUAAUAAUGAUGUUAGCACCAUUGACAGAUACUAGAAAAUCUAGUCCGUCUGAUAAAAUUGGCUUCGCACUUUUGAAGUGGGUUUUAUUGCGAUUCCUAUUUGACUCCGGAUCAGUCAAAUUUUUCAGCGGUUGUCCGUUGUGGUGGAGCUUUCAAGGCCUUAAACAUCACUUCCAAACAAUGCCUCUUCCAACGCCUUUGGCAUGGUGGUCACAUCACAUUCCAAAAGAUUUCAUGACAAUAACAACAAUUUAUACUAAUCUAACCGAGUUGAUUUUGUCAUGGUUCUUCUUUUUCCCCAGUAGGGCGGUCCGUAUUUUCCUCUUCCACUGGGUGUUAUAUUUGGAAUUAACUAUUAUAUUUACGGGAAAUUAUGGUUUCCUGAAUUUCCUAGUGUCGGUACUUUUGCUGUCACUCUUGGAUGAUAAAUACUUGAAAAAGCGGUCCAUUUUUAGAUUAUUAGUAGAAGUGGUUUUAUACUGCGCAGCGUUUACUGUUGCAAUUUACUUCGCAACUGGACUUUUACACUACAAACAAGUUAUGUUCAAAUAUGAGCAUCUUGGUAUACUUCGGUCAAUGGCUAAAUUGGCACCUCUUGUUGCUGUGGUUGCUGUUAUAUCCACGUUUUUGACAAAUACAAUAUCUCACCCAAGCGUCACUUCAUCGAAAGGAUUUUUGCGAAAAGCAUCCAACUUGAACUCCAUGCUAGUGUUUAGUUUAUGUGCACUAUCACUAAUAGGUAUAUCCGUUGUGCCACACCAUAACAUUGAUGCUUCCCUGAACAUCACAAAUACCCAACUUGGUAAGCAUUACAAGGAAAUCAACACAUUCCGGAUCGUCAAUGAAUAUGGACGACAUUUACGAAGAAUGCGAACUGAACGAUUAGAAAUUAAUCUGGAAUAUUCAGAUCAUGUGGAAGGUCCAUGGAAAACCUUACCAUUUGUUUUCAAACCAUGGAAUGAAAAUGCGACACUACCAUAUUCAGGACCCUACCUAGCACGACUCGAUAUGAAGUUUUACGAUGCAGCUCCAUCUAGUUAUCGGGACCAUUUAUGGAUCAUGCCUUUAGCCUACAGAAUAUUGCAAAAUCAACCCGAUGUUAUGCGUUUAUUUGGACUGAAAGGCGCUCUUGAUACAGCACCUCGAUAUGUACGAGGAACAUUAUAUCGAUUCGCAUUUACCCCAUUCAACAGGAAGUCAAAAGCAUUCUGGCGGAAAACUACUGUCGGGGAACACUUCCCUCCAGUAUCUCUUUCGGACACCCUGCUGGCAACUCAUCUAAGAAAUUUGAGAUAUCCAAUGGGACUGGAAACUCCAAAAAUCGCAAAUCAUAGCUUGAAAGAUGUACUUGAUUUGAUAAGGAGGCAGCUUGAGCUUCUCGAAGCAUCGAAGGCGAUUAUACUAAUCUCCUUUACAGGAGUAAUUAUCAACCUAAUUCAUGGUUGAGAACUGACCACAAGAAAAUUUAAAUAUACAGAGUGGAUUAUUUUAAGAGAGAAUUUUAAGCACUAAAGUAUGCAAAUGUUUUGAUUAAAGUUCACUGUUUAAUAAAAAAAUGUACGAUGAAUAAUUAUUUACAAA